GGAGAAAUCAUCUGCAACGCUGGAAGACCUCUCGUCCUCCUACUUCCCUGAGCAAGCUUGGAUGCUGGAAGAAGCCUCUUGGAUAUGGGAUCAUAUCUGGUUUAUCACAGUCUGGGUUUGAUCCUCUGCUGCUCCGUCUUGAGUUCAGUCUACGCUCUGGUGGAUGCUGAUGAUGUCAUUACCAAAGAGGAGCAGAUCUUCCUACUGCUAAAAGCCAAGGCUAAGUGUGAACGACACCUCAAAGCCAAGGUCCCCAAAGUGCAUGAUGGCUUCUGUCUUCCUGAGUGGGAUGGUAUCGUCUGCUGGCCUGAAGGUGUGCCAGGCAAAGUGGUGGCUAUGCCAUGUCCUGAGUACAUCUAUGACUUCAAUCACAAAGGCCAUGCUUAUCGCCGGUGUGACCUGAACGGGAGCUGGGAGCUGGUCCCAGGCAACAACCGCACCUGGGCAAACUACAGUGAAUGUGCCAAGUUUCUCACCAACGAGACGAGGGAAAGGGAGGUCUUUGAUCGCCUCUAUUUGAUUUAUACUGUUGGAUACUCCAUCUCUCUGGGAUCCCUCACAGUUGCUGUCCUUAUCCUGGGAUACUUCAGACGUUUGCACUGCACUAGAAACUACAUCCACAUGCACCUGUUUGUCUCCUUCAUGCUGAGAGCCGUGAGCAUCUUUGUGAAGGACGCAGUCUUGUACUCUGGGUCAGCUUUGGAGGAGAUGGAAAGGAUCUCAGAGGAAGACCUGAAAUCCAUUACUGAAGCACCUCCAGCAGAUAAAUCACAGUUUGUAGGCUGUAAAGUAGCGGUUACCUUCUUCCUUUACUUCCUGGCAACCAAUUACUACUGGAUUCUGGUGGAAGGGCUCUAUCUCCACAGCCUCAUCUUCAUGGCAUUUUUCUCAGAGAAGAAAUAUCUUUGGGGAUUCACAUUAUUUGGCUGGGGACUCCCGGCUGUAUUUGUUACAGCAUGGGCCAGCGUGAGAGCCACUCUAGCCGACACAGAGUGUUGGGACUUGAGUGCUGGCAAUUUAAAAUGGAUUAUUCAGGUGCCCAUCCUGGCAGCUAUCGUGGUAAAUUUUAUUCUUUUUAUCAAUAUUAUCAGAGUCCUAGCAACCAAGCUACGAGAGACAAAUGCAGGGAGGUGUGAUUCAAGACAACAGUACAGGAAGCUGCUGAAAUCUACCCUCGUCCUUAUGCCUCUAUUUGGCGUUCACUAUAUUGUUUUCAUGGCUAUGCCAUACACAGAUGUGUCAGGGAUUCUUUGGCAAGUUCAAAUGCACUAUGAAAUGCUGUUCAACUCUUUCCAGGGAUUUUUUGUUGCCAUCAUAUACUGUUUUUGCAAUGGAGAGGUCCAAGCAGAAAUAAAGAAGUCAUGGAGCAGGUGGACAUUAGCACUUGACUUUAAAAGGAAAGCACGAAGUGGGAGCACAACCUACAGUUAUGGACCAAUGGUUUCCCACACCAGCAUCACAAAUGUAGCCACAAGAGGAGCACUUGCCCUCCAUCUCAAUACAAGACUUAUACCAGGGACCCUCAAUGGACACCGGAAUUUGCCAGGUUAUGUAAAAAAUGGCUCCAUUUCUGAAAACUCCAUGCCUUCUUCUGGACCAGAGCAGUACAACAAAGAUGAGGAGUACCUGAAUGGCUCUGGGCUUUACGAUGGAGACAGACCUACAGUACUUGUUGAAGAAGAAAGAGAGACAGUGAUGUAAAGACAGAAAGAGACAAAAGAAGCAAAAGGAUGAAAAAGGUUCCUGGAGAGCAUUUAGUAGGAAAAAGAGUAUCAGGCCGCGCAUUGGAUGCCAAGGGUUUCCAUACAGUUUCUCUGUUCUGUGGAACGAGAAGUUAAGUUAUAUGGGAAAAAAAAUGUGAGCCACCAAUGUGGCCAGCUGUUGAUCACAUACAUAUUCUCAAGUGAUCUAAGUCUCUCUGGUGUUAACAGAAGCAGGGCUAUCUAGAUCCACAGCCUUGCUACUGUUGAACAACUGAGAUACUGGGAGUUUAUGAAGGAGAGUUGUAUAGCAUCAAUGUGGUCCUUGGACCUCUUGGAGAGUGUGGGCAGCUGAGGAGGACAGAACUCUCACCCAGUAAAACAAGAGUCUUGCAGGGAGUGUACAGUGCCAUCUUCUCGUGAGGAUACAAGCCACGCUGAGCAUCAGUGUCUUCAGUUUGGUUUGCUGUUUCCCUAUAAAGUCUGCCUGGUAACACACACAACACUGAUCGAGACGGUCAUAGCUGCCCAUCCUUUCAGAUAAGCACUCAAUGCAGGCAGCUUAGUACCACUGGUCACAUGUUCUUCACUUCAGCAAUAUCACUCCUUGGCAAAAUGCUCCUCUGGGGUGAGCAGGGCUAACAGCUCAUGGCUGCUGAAUGCAGACAACGCUGUUCUCCUCUCCCUGACCUGCGUCCCAGUAGCAAGCCAGAAAUCAGUGCAGUUUCAGGAUGGAAAAUGUGCUUGUCAGAAUGUGUUACAUUUUUGUUCUUCCAGAUGUAGCAAAGAGAGGGGCCCACCAAGUGUGUUGAGGCAGGGUGGGGAAUUUGCAGUUCUUGGGUAUAUGUGCCUAUGUGUGUGUGGCUAAAAUCAGUUGAGAGGGUAGCUAACUCAGCCCUCCCGUUUUGUGGGUGCUCAUGGAAACAGGCUUCAGUCAGUUUUUAAACCUCUAAAUUGCUUCUUGUUCCGCCCUCUGAAUUUCCUGUUCCUUACUAGCCAAAACCCUCAUUAGGAGAAAAACUCCAUCAACAGUCUGCCUGUGUCACCCAGCAGCACAAGCUGCUGGAUACAGCCAGACAAACCUAAGCUCAUGAGAUCCAAAGGCAAUAUUUGCUGGAUAAAAGCACAGGAAUUGCUCAUGGAUGGUUACCUUUGAACAUCUUCUAAACUUUCCUAUUCUUUGCAUUUUGAUCACACACACAUGUAUGUGUACCAGGUCAGAAUCUUAGCUGAUGUUAACAAGUCUAACUUCAACCAGAUAAGAAAAUGCUUGCUCAGAUGAGGAAAUGUUAUUGCAGUUACCUCUGAAAGGUACCUGCACAAGGAAAUGCCUUCUUCUUACAGGAGACAAAGGCCAGGAAGAUUUUCAGUUUCCCUUGCCGGUGAUUCUUGCAGGGUGUACCAAAAGGUUGCUCUCUGAUACAGAUCAUCUUCAGCAGCGAUUAAGAGGUGAAGAGGUACAAUCCCUGUUGGCCAAUCAUGUGUUGUGUUGGGGCUGCCACACCAGCAGAUCAUCUAGCGAAGGGUCUCUGACAUUUUCCAAGCAUGAUACAAGAUUGCCCAGAAGUGGGAAGUCAGGAACAGUGACCAAACUUCCUGUUGCAGUACGUGCUUCCCCAAAGGAAGGACUCUUGCUGAGCCAGCCUGGAUCCUCAAUUCAGCCCCUGUCAUAACACCACUAUUUGCUUGUUUCAGUCUAAGAGUCAGCUCCUCAUGAUGCUCUUUUUUUUUUUUUUUCUUAUUUUUUUUCCUCUUGGCAAGUUUCUGGUAACUGAAAUAUUUCAACCGCACCUGACUGUUACUCAAAUGGAAUAGGAAAGAGGUAUUGGGCAAGUUUGCAGAAAUCCUCUGGGACAUAGGUGGGGCCAAUGGGUUAAUCUACCUUCUAUCCUGAUGCUUUAGGUACUGCUGCUGAGUCACAUCAACCAGAACUUCUGAGAUGCACCCAGUCAAUGCAACCAGCUGGUCUUCUGAGAGCAAAUUACUGACAUCCCAAAACUCUGAGGGAGGACAGGAAGAGAAGUGGGACCUUGACUCUGUAUCCCACAUCUUUAAACAACCUCUCAGGUUAGAGCCUGAUCCAAACCCCAGUAAAGUCAAGGAGAAAACCUCUUCCCUUCAAUAUCUGAGUUUUGGAUUCAGACGUGGUAGGGUAUGUGGUAGAUGAGAGGCAGUCCUCUGUCAGGCACUGAAACUCUAGCUACAGACAUACAUGAGAAGGUCUUUAAAAGCCAAUAUUUGUCUGUGACAUUCUAUUUGUGUCAUUAAAGUAGGAUCAAAUAUUAUCAAAAACAUUUUACACCAAAUGGCAGCUAUUUAAAUGUAAGGUUUUCAAAGAAUAAUCAUUCAUGCCAACAAUUAUCGUUGUUGUUGUUAUUCCUAUAACAAUACUAGCAAUAGUAUUACAGAGAAGUUAAGUAAUCUUGCAAGAGAAGUCUACGCUAGUGAAAGUGUGGCAUGAGGAGCUAACCAGCUCGGCAGAAAUCUGGGUCUAGGUCAGCCCAGCUAUGCUCACUGCUUGCUUUUUUCCCACAGAUGCUGGUACAGCUUCUGGAGGCAAUCAGAGGGGGCAGAAGUUAUUAACAGUUGGCUGUCAGAGUGUGUACAGCUGCGUUAUUUAGCAUCCCAUGUGGCUGAAUCAGCAAUGAGAGAGAACACUGAAUAUGCUGGCUCUGGCUUUCCAAAUUUCCAGAAGUACAUUGUGCUUAAAUCCUGCCAAGGAGAUGGAAUGACCCUCCGGAUUUUUUUCACUUAAAGAGAUUUCCUAGUAUCAUUUCAUUGCUGGAACAAAGG